UGACGCAACUACUGCACUCGAAUCCCCAUUUUCCUACUACUAAUAAAACACUCUCAAUUCCAUUCAUAGGAAAGAAAAAAUAUCCGGAUAAGUGUUCUGGAAGAAAAAACUUCAAUGGGUGUAUUUGACAAAAAAAACCAGCGGGUGAUCAAAAACACAUCGAAUAUGGACUUGGCAAAGUAUCUUUAAUACCAAAAAUUUACAGGCGAACAAUUGACAGAUGGAGAAAUAUGCGAACAUUGUGGCGUGAACAUUUGGGCGCCCCGAAACUGAUAUACGAUUGUAGUUAUUCACACUACAUGAUGCGACGUGAAAAUAAAGACGCGGCUCAACAAUUGGCAAUAGCCUUUAGAAAUAAUCGUCGACAUCUUCAGCCAUACGCGCUUAACUUUUGUGGCAUGGACAAACAAAGUAUGCUAUGGUCAUCACUACUAAAGGAAAUCCCAACAAUUAUUACUAAACCGCUACCACUCCGAAUACACGAAGCUGACGCAUCGGAAGCUUUUCCGAAAGAAAAACUCGUCAUACUCACGCCCGAUUCACCAAACGUAUUGAGAGAGUACAAUAACGAUUAACGAUAAUCAUUACGUAAUUAGCAGCAUUGUUGAUCGCGGUGAUAAAAAGGCGAUAUCCAUUGACAAUCGAUUAUCUGUUUUUUUAGCGUCUUCUGUAGCUAUGGCAGCAGCUCGUUCUGCCAUUUUUACUGCAUAGUACAUGCCAUCAACACAAAUAUCAUUCGGGAAAAACAUUAAUUGCAAUGUCAGAUCUUGUCUCGAUCUAAGAAUUUCAUUUAAUUCCAUGGAUGUUUACGUCCUUAUUUAAUUUGCCGGUGUAGACACUGCGAAAUGAAUUUUCACUCAUGCUUCGUAAGCUUUGAUCGAUAAACCUAAUCAGUCCAAGUUGAUCGGUCUGAAUGCACAAUUUCUUAAAGGAAUCUUUUGGAAUUUGUUGCAUUGCUUUCAAGACGGCAUAUAGUUUUGCAUGGUUCGGUGAUUGCCGGCGCUCAACACUUCCUUGCAAAUUCCUAUAGACAAUACAUUGUGUAUAAAUAUAGAACAUUUUUUAAUAUGCAAAUAUUGGCAGUAACUCAUGCUUUCAAGAACUUACAAUGGAUGAUCUUGAUUAAAAUAAACGGAAUACCCUGACUUGUCAUCAAGUUUACGUGGAUUAUAUCCACUUAUAAACACACACACAUAUCCAUCAAAUCGCUGUAAAAAAUCGUGUUCACCAUACUUAACGAGUUUGUGUGAUGAGAGUAAAUAAUUUUCAUUUUUUAGGUCUCUGACACAAUCGAUAUGUGGAUAUGGCUGGAGAUUUCGUCUUCGUAGACCCAAUUUUGGUUUCAAAGAUCGCAUAAAUAAUAUUCAUGGUUAACAACCGAAUUACUUUUACUGGCACAAUAGUUAAUACAUACUUCAUCAUUGCCUCCAUCGUUGGAUUCACGACAGCCUUUUGAUUCGGGCCUAUGCUUAGCACCGGUCUAUAAUUUAUUGUUUGGAGCGCAGACCUAAAAAUAAAAAAAAAUGAUUUUUCAUGUAUCACAUAAUAACAUUUUCACUCGACAAUUUAUAGAAUAUUUAAUUGCUUACAAUUUAUUCAGCGUUGAAAACAAUCGUCUACAAAUAUUCAUGUUCAUUUUUAUUUUAAAUUAAAUAGAAUUCAGAAAUUUUUUUUA